CAACUUCCGGCGGCGGGUGGGCGCGCGCCAGGUAACGACCUUCGGCGCCGAGGCUCGGCCGGCGGCGGCGUGUGGAUGGAGGCCUUGGCCCCGGGCCGGGCUCCGCGGGGCCGGCGGCGGGCCGGGACUGAGGGCUCCGCGCUCUCGGCGUUGUCGGUGGCCGCCGUUCUGCUCUCCGCCUUGCUGCGGGCGCCCCCUGCAGUUGGAUAUUUGGCUCGAUUGCCAAGAAGUUUUCGCUUGACUCAAGAUUCACUGAAAAUAGUUGGAUCAUCACAUUUUCCCGUGAGCGUAUAUGUCAUGCUCCAUCAAAAGAGUCCACAUGUGCUUUGUGUAACUCAACGACUGAGAAACACUGAACUGGUAGACCCAUCAUUCCAAUGGCAUGGGCCAAAAGGAAAAAUUGUUUCAGAAAACACCACUGCACAAGUGACAUCCACAGGAAGUCUCAUAUUUCAGAACUUUGAGGAGACCAUGACUGGGGUUUAUACAUGUUUCCUCGAGUACAAACCGACUGUGGAAGAAAUUGUUAAAAAUGUUCAACUGAAAUACAUUGUUUAUGCUUAUCGUGAACCUCAUUUUUAUUACCAGUUCACAGCACGGUACCACGCGGCUCCCUGCAAUAGUAUCUAUAACAUUUCUUUUGAGAAGAAACUUCUUCAGAUUUUAAGUAAACUGGUUCUUGACCUUUCCUGUGAGAUUUCCUUGCUGAAAUCUGAAUGCCACCGUGUUAAAAUGCAGAGAGCUGGUCUGCAAAAUGAAUUAUUCUUCACAUUUUCAGUUUCAUCUAUAGACACUGAAAAAGGACCCAAGCCAUGUACAGACCAUAAUUGUGAAUCUUCCAAAAGAUUAUCUAAGGCUAAAAAUCUCAUAGAGAGAUUUUUUAAUCAGCAAGUAGAAGUCCUGGGCAAACGUAUGGAGCCACUGCCUGAAAUAUACUACAUUGAAGGAACCCUUCAAAUGGUGUGGGUUAACCGCUGCUAUCCCGGUUAUGGGAUAAAUAUCCUGAAACAUCCAAAGUGCCCUGAGUGCUGUGUGAUUUGCAGCCCUGGAUCCUACAAUCCCCGGGAUGGAACUCAUUGCCUCCAAUGCAACAGCAGCCUGGUGUAUGGAGCGAAGGCUUGCAUAUAGGCCACUGCCUCGUGUGACCCAGUGGUUUAUUAAAUACAAAAGUAUAUUUUCGAAGUGCUAAAUUAUAAUAAAUCACUAUUUGCCAAAAUUAAAUAAUCAGAAUUUACAAAGCUAUGGUGUCCUCUUUCAAUCCAGUACUAUAUGUAUCAUCUUUUUUGGUUAACACUAGAGCUGCAUUUGACACCAGAUAGCUCCUGUGUCACUGCGUUUUAAAAACUGUUUCGAAUGUUCUGUAUUGAGUGAUGUUAAUGAUUUUUUCCAGGAAUUUAAAAAGUGUCCCAUUUUAUCUUGGCUAUGUAUCACCUAGAUUCAUGCCAUCAUAUCCUGUUAUAAGAGCUUUAAUUUAAUCUUAAAGAAUUUUAACUAUUUGAGUUCAGCCUGUGACAGCUUAGAUCCAGUUUCAAAAAUAUGUCCUGGGUCUCAUCAUUGUACUUUGUUACAUAAGACCUGAUCAUGGGAAACUGCAGGUUUUACUAUGUGUAGGUCAAUGUGUUGUCUUAAGCUAACAAUUACUCUCUAGCUAGACAUGGUAGUACAGGCCUGGAAUCUUAGUACUUGGGAGGCAGAGACAGAAAGUCAGGAGCCUGGACUGUAUGACAUCCUGCCUCAAAAAGCGUCUUACACUACCUCCUUCACAUUUUAGAAUGGAGUAACCAUUGAAUCUUCUCAGUAGACUAAAGCAGUUUGUCUUCCUUACAGUACUUCCAGGACAAAGAAUUAACAAUCAUCACAAGCUUCAUUUGCUGCACCAUUAAAAUGAGUACUAUGUGCCAGAAGUCACAGCUGCUAUCACUAAUAUCUUAUUUUACAUUGGGAUACACAUUUUGAAUAUGAAGAGUUGCCAAUUUGUAAUGACUUAAAUAGAGGAAAUUUCACACCUAACUUUGGAGUCCUUUUCUGAAGUCCUUUGUGAUCACCUGGUUCAUGUUUCCUGUGUCUUCUCUCUGAGGCAUUGCCUGCUUUGCUCUUGACAUUUCCCUGUCCUAAAAUAUGAGUGACUCAAGGAUGGAAAGAGUAAACGGUUGGAUCUCAGUAUCCUUGAGUGAUAGGUUGACUUAUAAGAAGCUACACUGUUGGCUUGUAGAGACCAAGCUAGCUAGAAAAUACCCUGUCUUAUCCUCCCGUGGACAAGCACAGCCUCAGAAUUCUCACGGAAAUCCUGGAAGGUGAAUGACGUAUGGUUGUUUGUGGUUAGUCCUGAUGGUAGUUAUGUUCUGUCUCUGGGUUUUCAUCAUCAUAAAAUGUUUGCUUCUUUAUAGCUUGUAGAGAUUUUCAGAAGCUUGCUUUUUUACGGCAGGUAACAUACGAGCAUAACAUUGUUUGGGUGAAAUAAUUGUUUUUCUCUAAGUAAUUAAUUAGCUCAUACAUUAUGUUACUUCUAAAACCCAGGUUUCCCCUGCUAAAACUUUCUGAAGUCAUCCCAGUCUCUUAAGUAUUUAUUGGGAUGGAUUGAAGAUGUUCUUGAAGUUGUCAGUCUGGAAAACAGAGCUAGAACUGCAGUGAUGAUGGUAAAGUCCAGAGAGCAGUGCCAUCCUGGGGCACAGAUAAUCUGGGGUAGGAGUAGACAAUGAAAGGCUAGUCAGUUAAGUUCCUAGUUAUCCAGGCAGACUUUACAACAAAGCCGUGCUAAUGUUAGGUUGGAACAAAGCAGAAUUAAAAAGGUUAGAUCAAGACAGCUAUCUUUUGAAAGAAGCAGAGGACACACUUGGAGGAGAAAGGGAGACAUUCAUGACCGCUUUUUCCUGUUUCACAUAGUGAAAUUAUCCAUUUUUACUAUAUAACAUCACAGUUGUUUUAAUCCUUGUGUGUUUGUAGUCAACAUUCAGCUACACUAGCAUAUCCCUUGUUUCAUAGCUCACUUCUUAGGAUACAGUUAGGUUUUUUAUACAAAUUAAAGGCCACUGAAUAAAAAUAUGUCAGAAGCCAUGAGACAAGUUAUUUCUGUUAUAAUGUCAGAUAAGCUGUGCAGUGCUGACAAUUUAAAAUGAUGGCAAUAUGCACUAAAAACUGCAAGCUGUUUCUAAAGGGCAUGGUCAUAAAGCAGUUUCAAGUAGUUCUGUUUCCAUUAAGAUAAUUGCUUCCUGUAUAAUACCUUUUCAAUUAUAUGAUCAGAUGAUCUUAACAACACCUAAAGAUGUUUUAACAUCUUUUAAGGGGAAAUAAUUAUUCCUGUUUUGUAUUCAUUAUAUUUGUAUCAAAUAUGUAAUAUAUAUUUAUUUGGCAAUGUAGAAAUAAAGAUCCCUGGGUUUGGUUUUGUAAUCUCAGUUUCUGAAGAUUCUAACAAGUAAAUCAGAGAUAGGUGAAAUAGUAUGUCUGGUGGUACAAAGGGUUACAGCAUAUAAAGUAAUAAAAUUAGCACAAAAGCCCUACCAGAAAGAAUAAUAAACUAUUUUCCUUCCACUUGAUAGGCUGUCACCAAGCCAGUAAAUUGACUGUCACAUUUUCAAGUUGAAUGAAUUAAUUUAGAUUAAUUAUAUAUUUAAAUGUAUUGGCUUGCAUUAUUAUUAUUAUUAUUGUUUGUAUUUUGAGCUUUAAAACAAAUGCACUAAAAUGUUUAUCUCAUGAUUGUCUCAUGUGAUAAGAUUAUGCAUGAGCCUUUUAUGCCUUCUGUUUCUCCAAAUUUCUUCACUGGUAUGAA